AUGCAGAUUAGGCUAGUAGGAGCUGUGGAAAUGAUUUCUACCACUCUAAAUGGUGUUACUCUCACCACCUUCACUACCUUCACUACCUUCACCACUCUCACCACUCUCACCACUCUCACCACUCUCACCACUCUCACCACUCUCACCACUCUCACCACUCUCACCACUCUCACCACUCUCACCACUCUCACCACUCUCACCACUCUCACCACUCUCACCACUCUCACCACUCUCACCACUCUCACCACUCUCACCACUCUCACCACUCUCACCGUUCCUUCACCGUCACUCCUACACUACCACUUCCGCAAUCACCUACCGCUUUGA